UGUUGGAAAGCUAUAUUAUCGUCGCAAUAUGUUAUCGCACUGUAUAAUUUAUGUACAUAAUUAAUAUUAGCAAAAAGUAUCUAUUAUAUAAUCAUUUAUCAUUCCGCUCUAAAUUAUUCAAUGACAGCAUUUUCUUUCUGCCACAUUUCGACAACAUAUGUUGAGCAAUACUGAUGAAAAAAGUAAAGAUGCAGUGGCUUGUCAUCGGCAUAUCUGGAGCGACCUGUAGCGGAAAGAGCACAUUGGCUAACAGGAUCCGCGACAAUUUUCCAAAAUCUGUUAUGGUGCGUCAAGACGAUUAUUUUCUGCCAUCGGAUGAUCCUCGUCAUAUUAAGAUACCAGAAUUAAACCAUUUAAAUUGGGAUCUGAUGACUAGUCUAGAUAUGCAGAAAAUGCAUUCCGAUGUGAAAAAGAUACUUCAGUCUCGUGAAAAUGAUGCGGUGAAUUCGAAGAAGACUAUAUUGAUACUGGACGGUUUUCUGCUUUUCCAACACAAAGGCAUUACGGAUUUAUGUGAUCGUAAAUAUUUUCUGACAUUAACGAAGGAAGAAUGUUGGGAACGAAGAAAAAAUCGUAUAUACGAACCGCCCGAUGUACCAGGAUAUUUCGACAAGGUGGUGUGGCCCGAAUAUGUAAAAUAUAAAAAUGAAAUUGUCCAAAACAGUAAAUUGCACGAGACUAUAACGUUUAUCGAUGGAGCUAAGGAUAUGGAAGAAAUUUAUAAAACGGUUUCCCAGGAAAUUAAUCAAUUAUUAUCUUGAACCUAUAUCUCUAUACAGCUUUAUGUAAAUUUAAAUUAAAUAAGUAUUAUUAAUUUAGAGUGAAAUAUAUUUUUUUAUACAUAUCUCAGAAAUAAGUGGAGAUAGGCAGUACUCGUGAAUUAAAUAGUUGCAAUAAUUUAUAAUCUCUU